AUGAGCGCAAAAGACAUCCUACGAAAACCCAACUCUGCUCGAUUUGCUCGCCUCAGUCACGGUAGCUCCCUAAAGUCAGAACCACUUGAUCCAGAGCUUGCUCGGGCAUUCGCAACAGCCGCAGCGUCCAGGGCCAUGGCCAUGUCGCGCUCUGUUGAAAGAUCGUCUACACUAUCCGACGGUUCGUAUGGCCGUCUAGGCGGCCCUCGCAGCAUGGCGAUCCCUCCCAGGAGGUAUAAGCGGUCUUCCUGCUCGUCAGGAUGUUCGUCUGCUACGGAUGAUCUUCCGAUCCGUCACUCAACAUCUUCAUCUAUUGAAAGUACAGAGGCCGACCAGCCAUGGGCUGCAGCCCUACCGUCUAUCAGUGAAUUUGGCGGACUUGAGGAACGGAUCGCGUCACUCCCCUCCUCCUAUCGCCGUCUUCGAAAGUCUCGCUCGAUGUUCUCAACAAAACAGCGUCCUUCUCAUACAUCUUAUGGAUUGGGAUCCACCGAGUCAUACUCCCCUAGUGUUUCUAGUCGGGGUCAAUCCUCUGAACCUCCGAGACUGUAUCGCACUUUGAGGCGGUCGAUGUCUUUCUUGAGAGGUGAGGGUCGCCCCCAGAACACACUGCGACAUGCGCAAAGUCAAGACGCGGCCAUUCAGUUAGCACGCGCGCAGUAUCAGCAAAAUAUGCUGAACAGCCCUGAUUCCGCAAAUUGUGCACCGCUAUCCAUGCCAAAGGUUAGACGAGAGCAUAGACCGUUCAAAAAAUCGUUUCGCUGGACGAGUACUUCUGAGGACCCAUUCUCGACAGAUACGUCUAUUGAUCAUCAUCGUUUUAAGACUUCCCAAUCCCACUGGAAAGCGAGGGCAUUUUCAACCACCAUCAAGAAAGGUAUCAAACGGGUUUUGGGUUUUUCCAGGAGCGCCUCAGGACAGGACAAAGCGCACGCAUCUCCAACAUCUUCUCAUAAUUGGAGGCAGUCUCCCUCAACCGUGGUCAGUCACGAAAACACUUACCCUGAUGGGUACGGAGAUUUCGAAAUCGAUCAAUUACCGCGCCGGUCAGACGCCAAUCAGUCAUCAACGGUACGGAGAAUACAGAGUUCUACGAGUUUGGCUACAAGUCGAUCUCGAGUAACAAGCUGGGCGGACUCGACUGCAGCGAAUACGAUUGCAACUCCCAAGACAGUGGGUGGGCAGCGCCUUUCUAUCAUUUCCGAGCAAGGAAACAUCGGCCAGCCUGAAUUGCCUGCACUAAUACCAGGCUCAAUUGGACAUACACCAAGUAAUAUUGUCGAUAGCCACCGUUUAUUCUCGGCGUUGAUGAAACGGAUUGGCGGAGCGAACGCCCAUGCUUCUAAAGAAGAUAUUAUCCUUGGUCAGGUCAAAGAGCAUCGGGCAAUUCCUACGCGCGGGUCGCAGCAUUUUCACCGCAGCCGACAUACUAUCCGCCAGGUUCCCAGUGAUGCCUCAAUUAACUCUCCGAAAUCAUUCGCAACUGCCAAUGUCUAUCCAAUAACGCCUUUUGGACAACCGCAAGACCAUCGCGCCGAAGGCUUCUGCAGUGCAUCCCGCCGCACCGAUAUCAACGAAGAUGGCAACGAAGCCAUACGGGGGGGAAUUCCACGACCCGAAUCCGUUUCGCCUAGCGUUUAUUCUCGAUCGACGAAUGGACAAGCCAAGGCUGACUCGCCUGAUUCGAGAGAAGAGCCUGGUGUAGCUACCAUAUACGCCUCCGAAAGGACGGCGUACAGUUCUCCUAGCAAACGUGAUCAGUCCAUAGGCGCCGAUGUUUCAGCUCAGCAGGGUACCGAUUGGCAGAAUUGGAUGGACUCACAAAUGGCGAUAAUUGAGAACUCCACACCCACGCGGCAUUAUCGAGAAAAUGCGGAGAUUCAUGAUGGCUACGCACCUAGUUUCUCGUCCUCCGUUCCGACUCGGAGAAUCAGAGUAGAAAGCAGAGGCAUGGCCGAAGCCGACAAUGACCAUGACGGGCUCGACCGCAAGGUAUCGACAAACAGCAACUUCUCUCGCCCUUUCAGCCGGUCGUCAAGCUUGCGCACAGCGGUGAAAGCCCACAAGCCCUCAACUAAGACACCUACACCUUCUAUACCACCUUUGCCGUCUGAUGAUGUCUUUCGGGAUUCUGGAGGGCAGGAAUGUUUCGUUAGAUCAACCCAUGCAGAACAAAGCAAUGUUGGAGUAUCGCCCAUGUUAUCAAGAUCGAGCAAUCAGCCGCGACUGCCCGAGUCACCCACUCCAAAGAGGUUGGCCCCCGAUGUCUCCCCAAUAAUGGGCAGCGAGAAGUAUGGACAGUACUCAACCAAGCAGUCACCCGCGAACCAAGAUGCAAGGACGCUUCAUAGACGGUCCGCUCGCUUCCUGCGCGAGAAUCGGAGAGUCACAAACGAAAAUAUGAAAAUGGAGCAGGGGAUGUACGAUCAGGCCCAGGGCCUUCAGUCGCCGAUGUCAAGUAAACGCAUGGUUGAAAUAUUCUUGAAUAGCAGACGCCGUCAGAUGGGCGCAGACCCCGACAAUGCCGCUCCAGAACCAGCCUUUUUGUAA